CAAGACUGAAAAUUAUUUCUUUCUUCCUCUUUCUCUUCUUGAACGAUAACAUUUAUGAGACAAAUCAGCUGUUGGUUUUCCCUUGAUGGAGUAUUUACAGAGUUAUAGCCCUCGUGUUCCCAAGGGAGGUGAUAAAGUUUAUAAAGACGAAUGCGUCUACUGCUUCAAUUCUCCGGUAAGUGACUGUUCUUUGAAUUGUCCAGCAGUGAUCGUGAAUGUUAGAAAAAGGAAAACUGUACAGACUCUUUAUUAAAGCUUAAUAAACCUGCUGAUUGUUUGGGAAUUUUUAGUCCUCUGAAGAAACUUACUAUUUUCAUUUAUAAAGUUUCCUCAAAGAAUUGAAUGAAGGAUGGAAUUCGAAGUUGCGUGGUAGAGCAAACGUGAUGUUGCACAGGUUACCCAAGCAUUUAGAUGUUACUAAAAUCCUGGGCAUUUCUCGCAUUUCUUUUCAUAGAAGAAAUGCAUAUCAGAAAUAACCCAAAAUCGCAUAGGAUUCCUUUCAAAACUGUAAUAAUUUUGUCAACCUGUGAGUAAGCUUUCUUGGCAAUUAUUGAGGGUCCCAGGAGCUACAGAACUGUAGCCUGCGUAGCUGGCGGGAUUAGCUUGGGAGUGCUGCUUUGGUGUGGAGGCAUGAGAAGAGUGCAAAAAUCCCUAAAGGGCUUUACCGCUCGCUUUGCAUGGCGGCUCCGCCACCAAAAAAUUAACCUGUGUGCACCAAUCCCGCCAGCCAUACAGGCAACCCAGGAGCAAGUAGAAAGAGCCAUGUAAUUGUUUAAAGAAAGGUUGCAGGCAGGUUAUACACAUGUCAUCAGCGUCCCCCAGGGUUAGGACCCUGGACCAACCAGGGGAAUAUGUCGGGGAAUAUAACAAGAUGGAUUGGAUUCUCCUCCUCUGGGGAGGGGAAAAUUCAUGACAUUGUUUCAUGUUUGAAGAAAAGGGGUGGGGAAUUCAAAAUUUUGUAAUAAUAUUAGAUGGCAAAGUUCACGGCAGUCCCACUGUGAUUUAUCUCUUUGCCCAUUCCAUAAAUAUCGGGAAGGUGAAUUACGUGUUUUCAAGAGACCAGAGAUGGAGAUUUUAGAACGGUGACUAUGGCUACAAAAAAUUGGAAUUUCUAUCACUAUAUUCCGCUUCUCGUUGUAGGCCAUCCUUCUCAUCCUUUGUUUAAACUAGUCAUUUUUCAUAACAAAUCAAGAAAAAUAAGCAAGAAAAUAAAGGUAACUAACAUAUAGUAAAUUUUACGGGUACGCUCGCGCAUUGCUUUGAUCUGUAGUCUGGAUAUCACUUGUUAAUGUAAAUUAAAUAAUGCCACUGUUCUUGUUCCUACUGAAGAAAGCGUAGCUGGCGGGAUCACAUUGCCUGAGUUUGUGACGAAGGAAUUUCCCCAUUAGUCUGGUGGCUUUGUAGCCAAACUCAUUUCAUUCCAAACUCAUUGCUUUUGUGGUCUAUGUUAGCAGUCAUGCGCAACAAAUUCCUCCAGCUAAGCAGACUUGGCAAGUAUACUAAUUUAAAAUUUAAGUAUAUCAAGUGAAGCACAGUUUUUGAGGUGGAUAUCAGGAGGAUUUUUCAUUGAGAAGCACUUGACCCAGGGGGACUUUGCCUUGUUAAAUUCCCCCCCUCCCCCUCAGGGAAAACUGUUAACUUUGCACCACCCAUUUUACAAUCCCCCUGGUUGGCUCGGGAUCCUACCCUAGGGGAAAGCUGAUGACAUGUGCAUUACAUGAGCAGUACCUUCACGGAGAUCCUUUAGUCAUUGAAAUUGCUUUAAGUUGUGUUUAUUUGGUUUUAUUAGUUCAUUUUUUAUAUAGUUGCGUUACAUGCAAAUCUAAAUAGUUUUAUUAACACUGAAUAAAAUUAUAGGAAAGUGAUGGAGGUCUGUAUGUGUGUCUUUCCACAUUCCUUGGAUUUUGUGAGGAUCAUGUUAACCUUCAUAUCAGUAAAACAACUCACCGAGUAUUUAUGCAUUUCAAAAAAGUGAAGAAGGUAUUCCUACAUUUAGUUUAUUUCUUGAUUGUGUCACAUCCUGUUAUAUUUUAAUGUCUUAAUCUUUUAAAAAUAUUGUAUUUAACUGUGUUCGGCGACAAAAAGGGGUUGGGGUUGGGCUUUUUGACGUUUAACUGACUUCAAAAGAGGAAAAUAAUUUAUUAUAGCUUUUCCUCCCAGCGGCGGAUCUAGGGGGAGGGUGCAGGGGGUGCGCACCCCCCCUGAGAUGACCUGUGGUUUUCUAAUACAACUGGUAUUCUGCAAAAAAAAAACUAUGUGGUUUAUUGGUGUUGAAGUAGAGCAAGAGACGAGUGCACCGCCUCCUAAAAAAAAAUCCUGGAUCCGCCCCUGCCUCCCCUCAUCCACUCCAUUCAAUGUUGUGCCCCUGUUGGAGCUAGCUAUAGAAAGCAUCAAACACCCCAACUUUGAAUGGAGCGGACAGGGGAGGGGUGUGGAUUCUUUUGUUCUCUGAAGUUACCCUUUUUGAGAACAAUGUCUUAACAAUUUUUUCUCCGACAUUAGUUAUUUCAAGAACUUUCAUGUAAACUAUGUAAAUUUCUACUCUGCUCUCCACCAUAUGAAAAUUGCGUCUGAGCUUUUUUUGUUAGUUAGUUUUUUUUUGUUUUGUUUUGUUUUGUUUUUUAUUAUUAUUAUUAUUAUUUUAUCAGAAUCAGGAAGAGUUAUGAGUUAACAAUAAUAAUGCUAUUAGUUGGAAAUUGAUCCCUCACAGAAAUAAGUAUUGUUAUCUCAAAUAAAAUGUGUUUUUUUUUGUUCAAUUCAAGCCUCAGAUAACUGAAACAGACAUCACUGUAGAUACUCCACCAAAGAAAAAACCUACAAGAUUAGCUAUUGGUGAGUUAAUUCACAACCAGCUACUGGGAAUAGCAUCUAAGUGGGCAAAAUAUUUUCAUAUGCACAGUACAUCUAAUAGUAUAUGUUACAGGUCAAAAAUUUAAAUUCAGGAUAAAAUUUUUCAUCCUAGGUUGAUUCUUAGUUUCCUUUGUCUCUUAGCCCUAAUUAUUUAUGAAUUAGGGCUAGGAGACAAAGGGACUUGAGAAUCAACCUAGGCUGAAAAAGUUUAACCUGAAUUUAAUUUGACCAGUAAAAGAUAUCUGACUGAAUUUUAUUUAUGUCAACAUGGCCUCAGUGAGUGUCUGCAGGUCCUCAGCUAAGUAUGUUCUGGGUACUGAGAAUUUCACCCUCCCCUCCCAGGACACUGGGGUUGCUGUCUGCACCACCAACUGAGCUCUGCAAUUAUCAUGACAAUUAUUCUCAGCAGAGGCCUGAUUCAGCUGACUAGGGCAAAGAAGGAACAAUGUACUUGCCAGUCAAGGCCUCUAGUAGAUGCUGCUGCUUACUGAAGGGAUUGUGUCAAAAUAGCCCCCUCCCUACCCCUCUAGUUUCCCCCCCCUCCCCCAGGCCUGAUCCACCCACCCACUGUUAAGGCAGUCCCUGGGCUAUCUGGCUGUGCUGACCAAGAUGGAAAGCCUCCUACUUUUUUGGACACUGCCCGUGCCUGGUGCUGGACGAAAACCCAGGUGCCGCUUUUUAAUGAAAUCAGACAGAUAUAUAUUUAGUGGAAAGUGAAUGUUUGAAUAUGAUAAUCCUUUUUUAAAAUCAAUUGAACAUUAAUUGAACGUAUUUUUUUUACAUCAAUCACUAGGAGUUGAAGGAGGGUUUGAUGUAGAGAAACCAAAGGUAAAAAUUUAUUUAUUUAUUUAUUUAUUUAUUACAGAUUCACUCCACUGCAUAACAAGCAAAUAGUGAAAUGAAAUAAACUAACACUACUUCAACAAACAAAAACAAACAAACAAAAAAAAACAAAAAAAAGUUGUAGAGAAGGAGACAACCAAAAGCACCAAUGCGCCAUACUAGGGAUGCCCCCACUAAUUAACAUAAAAAUUAUAAGAAAAAUAUAUACAAAUAGAAAUAUAAAUGUUCUAGUUAUCCUUAAUAAAGCUUAACACAUUUCUUUUAAAAGUUGCAAUACUGUUUGAUUCUCUAAUAUGAUUGGGUAAACCAUUCCAUUCAUCUACAACACAGUUAAAAAAACUGUAUUUAAAACCAUCAGUUCUACUAAAAUUUGGAACAAGGUCCUGUGUGUCAUUUUUCCUCAAGUUAUAACCUGUAUUUCUGUCCUUACAAAAUAUGAGCUUAUUUGAAAUGUCAAUAUCAUAAUGUUCAUUAAUUACAUUAAAAAAAAAACUGUUAAAUAAGCAUGUCUCUAGAUUCCAGGUCCCAGUAGUUCAAAAGCUGGAUAGCACUAUAACUCUCUAAACUGUAGAAAAUGGAGGCAGUUUUUAAAAAAUUAUCCACUGCCCAAUCAGCAUUUCGCGUCGACUUUUUCGAAGCAGAUAUUCAAAUUCCAGAGACACAGUUGCAAGCUCUCCUUCCUUUUCCUGUCCCGGAGAGCUUGCUUGCAGGCUAAAUAGUGAUUUAUCCAUCGGAUAACACAGUAUUCACCUUUUGAACUACUGGGGCCAGCAUGUUAAAAAUAAAACUCAAUAUCUCUCCAGUUGGUGAAGUUUAAAAUAAUGAAAUCUACGUUUCAUGAGGCAGGUCCUUAAAACAUGUCUCAGGUGCCAUCAGGAUGGCUGCAUAAAAUACAUGUAACUGUCCUUGUGAAAUAUACUGUUAUACCUCUAAGUCAUAGCUGCCCUUUGAUUCAGAGUGCUUGCAUUAAUAUUGCAGGUGACCAGACUCAACUUGGGUUUUGUCAGUCUUAUCUGACUUUGUUGUACAGUAUGUGUAUAGGGUAACUGUCACAAAGUUUUGUUUUAUUUAUUUGUGGCUUUACUGUUGAGAAUAGGUGGCCAAUUUUGCUGUUAUUUACUAAAGAGUCAUAGGAAUAGCUUACAGCAGAAUAGUGGGCCCAAAAAACCCAGAAACUGGUGUGUUUUGUUGCCUGCCAGGUAUUUUGUACAAACUUGUACAUGAAGGUGGUCCAUCUAUGCAUUGUUUUGCAGAUACUGCAAAAUGGAGGGGACGGAAACAAAGGUUGUACAUAGUAGGGUGGUCAUGGGCAGCUGCUUAUAAACUUCUCUUUUUAAUCUGCAGGUAGAAUAUGAUGAAUUUAACUCACUGUCAGUAUUGGGCACAGGUGGAGAUCCAGUCGUUAUACCUCUUCCAAAUGCUGAUAUUCCCUUACAGGUAUUUAAUAUUUACUAACAUUAUUAUUACUUAUUGUUUAGGGCCAGGUUGCUCGCCAUUCUUUACUUUUCUUCUUCCUCUUCUUCUUCUUUUUCUUCUUUUUCAUUUUUUGCCGCCCUUUUAGUCUUUCCCUUGCCCCCACUAUCCGCCCCUGGCUCUCCGAGGAUGGGUUGUUCAAAGCAGGGUUAAGAUAACCCAAGGUUAGUGCAAAAUUUCAAUUCAGAUAUAAAAGCAUAAAAGGCAAAUUCAGUUUUUUUCUUUUUGUCUACAAUUUGACUGUCUGAUGCUCUGAAAAGAAUCGAAAAAAUUAUCUGGAAAAAUGUUUUUGAACAAAAGAAAAAGAAACCUGGGUUAAAAUUUAACCCUGGGUUAGUGCUAAUCAGCCUUCGAACAACUGGGCCCAGUUGUUUCCUGCAUCCCAUCUGUCCAUUCAUCCCCACAACUGUACUUACUUGCUUGCUUUAAUGAGGAAACAAUGUUUAGGUUAAUUAAUAUAGACAUAACUGAAAAAUGUUUCUUUUUAUUUCUUUUUAUUUAUUGUUUUUUUCAUAGGUUCAGCUGUCCAUUGCAGGAGUACUUGCAGCUGAUACGGCAGCCUACAAAGAUCAAGUAGCAGCUUGGGAUGGAGAAAAAAGGCGGAUCUCAAAGUAAGCUUUAAGCCCCAAUAUUCACAUACAAAUUCUCCAUACUGAUCUCCAUAUAUUUCCAGAAAGAAUUAGUUGAGAGAGUUUGAUAGAAGAUCAAAGCAUCUUCCCUUUGGUGAUUAUUUUAUUGAUUCUCAUAACCUUCCCUUUUGAUUUUGUCGUUUUAUUAUCAGGAGAAAAUUAAAAGUUGGUCACUCUUGUGAUAAUAGAUAAUAAUAGAUUUUUGUAUACAGCUAUUUCAAGAAAGGUUGUCGGCAAAAAUGUGCACGCGAUCAUCCCGAAAGGUAAUAUGGGAUAUGAUAAAUACACUGUUCCUGAAACUGUAGCUGUCAAAACUUCUUUUGUUGCUUUCCUUUAGCACCAGCAAACACACGUCCACGGCCUCUUGUGCCAUUCUGUCAAAUUUCUUUGAAGAACAGUGAACUCAAAACCACCCAUAAUACCUUUCGGGAUUGUCGUGUGCACUUUUUCCAACAACUUGGGUCGAAAUAGCUGUAUGUGCAUACUGUGUACUAAUCACUAAAUGAAAGAUACAUAUGCUCAGACCACUGUGCUUGUAGUUGUAAUCAAUAUCGUGGUACAUAUUUCCAAGCUAAAGACUCAUUUUACAAUGAAAAUAUUAUCUUUUUUUUGUUAUUUCAAAGGCAUGCAAACAAUCUGUUACAACUGGACAAUGGUGUAAAAGUUCCUCCAAGGUUAGUUGUUAUUUAUGGUGUAGAUAAUUUGCUUGCUGAUUGCUUGGCUAACAGUAUGGCUGCAUUUUUCUGAAUGGAAGCAACUUGUUUAUUCAUAUUUUCAUCUGCGGUGUUUAAUUAACAGAGGUGUUUAAUUGAGGAAAUAUGGUACUUGGAUUUGACUCAGACCAGCUGGGUCCGUCUGACUGCCAAACCAACCAACUGAUUGGUUGUACUUGUCUGACUAACAUUUGACUGACUGUUGCUAACUCUGACCGUCGGACCUUGAUUGUCUGUCAUCAGCAACUGCAUGGCUUUGACUACUCUCACUUUUCAAAGGCAAAAACAACCUCCCUUAUGUUAAAAACAGCCAUAGAUGAGAGGUUCCUUCAACUACAUUCAAGUGGAUGGCUUAUCAUUCUGUUCAAAGUCACAGCACCCUUUUUUAUAUCCAUGUUCUUUUCUGCAGAGGCUGGAAAUGUUCAAGGUGUGAUUUGAAGGAAAAUCUGUGGCUAAACUUGACUGAUGGAACAAUACUGUGUGGGAGAAGAUAUUUUGAUGGUUGGUAACUACAUGAGAAUACCUUUCCUUUGAAAAUGGAUAGCAAAUCAUGUGACUAAUAUAACUGUAAAUAUAAUGAUUGUGAACUUUUUCCAGCACACUGAGGUAGAAACAUACCGGUAACAAUUUUUUAUUUAUUAUUCACAUUCAACUUGCCUUGAGCAGCCAAGCAGAUUAAUCCUCAGCCAAAUCUCCUGUCAUUUGUCUGAAGCUCCCUUUAUUACAACAAACUUUUGCUUUUAUGGAGCUAUAGACACAUUUGUCAGUCCCAACAACUCAAUUUUAUUAUUCAAACUCUCUUCAUUAUCGCUUGUUUAGGAUCUGGAGGUAAUAAUCAUGCAGUUGAUUAUUACAAAGAGACAAACUAUCCACUGGCUGUUAAACUUGGAACAAUCACACCUGAUGGUGCAGGUAUUGCUGUUUAUUAUGUGCUUACAAGCCUGCCAUGUUAACAGUUUAUGUUGAACCUAGUAAUAGGGACCUUAAGAUUGGAUUGCAAGUGAGAGAUAAAUUUACACUGUAAGUACAAUGACUUUUUCAAGAUCUUGUUGGCAAGGUGUUGAAAAUUUAAGAUCUCACUAACAAGAUGUUGAAAUUGGUUUUGAAGUGAUGAAUAUAUGAAUUUUAUAUAUUGGAAUCGUGGAAAUUAUGAAGAAAAAAAUGUAAAUAAGAUUCUUGCAGUUGAAGACGCAAAUUACAGUAUAUAGUUGCAAAAAGAAAGCGUGGAAAAAUCAGGCUUGAUCCUGCCAGCAAGAUGUUGAAUUUUCAAGAUUUUAACUCACCAUAUAAUAAGUAUCUGCUGUACAUGUAACUCAGAAAGGAUAACUCAUCGAUCUAAUUCAGAAUUUUCAUGACUUCUUUGUUCGUCUUUGAUGAACCAUCUUCAAACAUUUAUUUACCUAGUACUUCGAUGAAAGGAAAAUGCAAUGCUCAAUUUUAAAGUCCUGUGUGUCUAAUUUUGACAAAAAGUGCCCUUUAAAUGCCCGGUGUGUAUUUCAUUUUGCAGAUGUAUUUUCUUAUGAUGAAGAUGACAUGGUAGAAGAUCCUAAUCUUGCUCAACAUCUUGCACACUUUGGAAUCAACAUAACUCAAAUGGAAAAGGUUUGUGAUAAGCUUUGUAUUAGCACAAAUUCUCAGCAGAUUAAUUCAUGAAAGCAACAUCUGGUCUUUAGGUCAUUUCUUCAUUGCUUUGGUAAAAGCUAGACUACUUAAUUGGCUCAAAUGCUUGGAGCCCAUUAUCCUGCAGAUUUUAGGCAUUAUUUUUUGAAUUUUUUUAGGCGUGAAAAGGCAAGCGCGAAGCGAGCGAGGAUCGCGAGACACACGCGACAGGGGGAAGUCGCCUUCCGCCAUAGCGUGUGUCUCGCGCUUCUCGCCUGCUUUGUGCUUCGUUCGCCCGAAAAAUGGGCGCCUGUAUUGAAAACUAGGACAACACCAAUAUCUCUGUACUCUGUAAGUCUCCCAUACUUUUCAGUUGCGUUUGUUAACUUUUGUCAGUGUCCUUUGUGCUGAUAAUUAAGUUGUUAUAACUGCAGACAGACAAGACCAUGGCGGAGUUAGAGAUAGACAUCAACAUGAGAAUACGAGAGUGGGAUGUUAUUCAGGUAAAAACUUCUCUCUUCCUGUCAUUGUUAGCCUGCGAGCAAGCUUUUCAAUUGUGGGAGUCGCGAGAAGGCACGCGUCAACGGCAUGCGAAAGGAGACGCUCCUCAAGCUUCGCUGCUCGCUCGCGCGUUCUCUCACAGACUCCACAAAACUACUUUAAUUUGGUUCACAGAGAUGCUAUCCUGCCAAAAUAUCAAUAUUUUACUGACGGAUCGUUUUUAUCACAUUUCUCCAAUUGCAGGAAGCGGGCAAAAAGUUAACUCCGUUGUACGGUCCAGGCUAUACCGGAUUAAAAAAUCUAGGAAACAGGUAAAACGAAAAAUAGCUCUGCUUUAGUUGUUAGAGGAAUCGUUGUUUACAUACAGUGUGAAAAUUACUUUGUGGCGGUAUUUCUCGCUCGUUACAUUAAUCCUAGCUCUUUGAAAGCUGUGAAAUUAAACAGCGGUACAUGUACCUGUUGUUGGCAGUCCAUCUUUUUUGCGGGAAAGAAGCGGUCACAGGCAGUAUUAUUUUCUCCAGAUAAAGGAUUAUAACCCUCGGAAAAGUGUUCAGUUUAACCGCGACUUAUAUUCGAUCAGUCAUGUCUUUCAGCUCACUUAAUAAACGCGGUGUGAUUUAGUGGGUCUUAUUGCACUGUACGUCUUGCUAAAUCUGGAGUGAUAGUGAUUUGGGGGUUCGCUCGUCAGUUUUACAGCAGAAUACGCUGUCUUUCAACGUGUAUUUUUUGAGCGGUUUUGUAUUUAACUCUUUUGGGUGUCUUCUUUACGUCAUUCACGCCCCGUUACCAGCUGAAGGAACCUAACCUAUCUCUCGCCCGAGGGAAUAUUUCCUGACAAUUUUACUUUUAAUUGAUUCAAUUUUUGCCUGUGUUCUUCAUUUUUAGUUGUUACAUGAACUCAGUAAUGCAGGUCCUAUAUUCUCUACCGGAGUUUAAACAAAGGUAACCAAAAAAAGAGACAACAUUCCUACUUAUAUAAGCUUAUAGCAGUUUAAAAUGGUGUCGAGAAGAUGUGCGGUAGCAAUGUGACUGUUUUUUGUAGUCAGGAAAUUUUAACCUGUGAAAAAAAAAACUGUUUAACUUAUACUUUUUUAAAGGUAUGGAGAUCAAUGUGCCGCCAUAUUUUCCAAGGCGCCUGCUGACCCGAGUGGAGACUUCAAUACUCAAAUGUAAGUUGUACCUGUGACCUCGAACAUACCACAGAAUUCAACUCUAAAAUAUCGGCCCUUACUGAUAUUGGAAUUAUAGAAUGUUCGACUAGUUCUCGUAUCACGUCAGGUGGAAAUUAUAAGUAAAGCCCCACAAAGUCCAUACCUAUGGAUCUCUUAGCCAGUGCUUCGUGCAUUCUAGUUUGGGAACAUUGGUAUUCGUGUAAGGUUGUCCACGCCCCGUAAAAUCUCAAAACCUCAAACUUCAGCAUCACUAGUACUGACUCUGGUAAGAAGACGUUCAUUUCAGGGGUAUGGCACCGCCGAGUCCUCUUCAUUUACAGUGUACUGUAACUGUACUUAUUUGUCGUUUCUUUGGACCUAAAGGGCCAAGUUCGCAGAUGGACUUCUUUCAGGAAAAUACUCGCAGGCACCUGAUAAAGAUCUUCAGGAAACGAACCAACAAUCAGAACAGGUAUGAUCUUUCAACUGGCCAUUCACAUACACUCUGUUUUGACCCUGUGUGAUAGUAAAAACAUUUCCUGUUGUUUGAAGAGAGGUAUGUUUGUUGGAUAAGGUUAGUCUGCCGUUCCUAACUGUCAACAUUGGGAAAGCCAAACGUUAACGAAGUAAGCAAGUUUCAUUUUGUAAAAUUUAAAAAAAGGAAAAGCACCAUGUUAAAUAGUGCUGAUGAGGUUUCACUCGAAUGUUCGUCUGCAGACUUAAAAGUUAGAAACAUAUUAGAUGCCUUUAUCACUUGCUUUAGCACUGAAUGGGUAUACUCACAAAAGCAACAGCAAUAAAGCUUUGGGAAAGAUCCUGCAACUUAUCUAAGUAAAAUCGUAACAAAUAAAGUGGUGCAGAGGGAAAGACGAGUCAAAGUAGUUGCUUUUAAAUAUUCACACUGUCGAGUUUCGUCCACAGACUUUUAUUUUAUUUAGGUCUUGUAAUAGUCAAGUAAGUAUAAACGAUGCUGCCUCGACAAAUAUAAUGAAACUUCAGUAUAAAAGGGAUAACAUGUGUAACAUCACGGGCUUUGUUGUACGUAACGUCCGUUGCUUGUACAAACUGCAAGUAUUGGGUUAGCCUGCGUGUGUUUCUGCGCGAGUUCGUCGAGAAAGGUGGAGCGAGAGCUAAACAAAUAGAAGAAGAUGGAGGGGAAGGAGAGAAAAGGAAACCCCUCCCCCUCCUCCUUCUUCCAGUUUUGUGUCCUCUCGGUCCAACUUUCCCGCAAUAACUCGAUCGGAAACGCUUACCACGCAAGCUAGUAUGUAUUGGCAGUAUUAAACUUUUAAAAUUUGGUUUGUUUCUCAGGAACAAGAUGGUAUUGCUCCUCAGAUGUUUAAGUCAGUAAUAGGGCGCGGUCACCCUGAAUUCUCCACCAGCAGACAGCAAGAUGCAGAGGAGUUCUUCAUGCAUUUAGUCUCUACAAUCGACAGAGCAGAGGUUUGCUUCUAAGCAGUAAUACUUUCUCUGAAAGAACCAAUUUACAUGUUUUUAGUCCCGGGCUGAAACGUCCUAAGUGAUACAGUAAUAGCCCGCGUAUAAGAACCUGGGUUUUAAGAACCUGUUAGGCUAAAAUUUUCAUUUUAAGCCCCCUCCACAUAAGAACCUAUUUAGGCUAAAAUUUAAGUUAGGUUCUUAUCAGUGGGGUUGCUGUAAAAGUGUAUAGGUAGAAACUGCUGAAUUAAGAUCAUCAUCUAUUUUGUUUUUCAUUUCUCCUCAUUGCUUGAGCUUGUUAUGAAUUUGAUAUCAACAUGAGUUUCUUUGUUAUGUUUUGUUAAGGACAUAUGCUGUACCUGCACUGAACUGCCUAUAGGCAUUGCUGUAUGGUACAAAUAAAUGAUUUAUACUGUAUUAUGAGAUGAUAUUUAUAAUAUAUAUAGUAUAUUCAGAUGAAAUUCAUAUGAAAAUAUAAGAACCUAUUUUAAGAACCUCGGUAGCCUAAAUUUGCUUUAAGUACCAUUUAUAUAAGAACCUAUUUAGGCUAAAUUGAAAAAUUCAGGUUCUUAUACGCGGGCUAUUACUGUAUUACUUAAUGACCAUGUAACAAAAAAUUGAUACAGUCGAAUCUCCCGUAAGCGACCACCCAAAAUCCGUAGAUUUAGUGGUCGCUUACGAGAAACUGAAAGAACCACAGAGGGUCUCUUCCGAGAGGAAGUCUAAACACAUCUACUUUCUGGAAGAGAAAACGUUGCCUGCAAAGUCACGCUAUAAGUAGGUUAAGUUUGUCUCUAGAAGUUAUUUGCAUACUCCGAGUAAUGCUGUAAAUGGGCAGAGAGAUCAGACUAUGGGUCGGAAGUGGUCGCUUACAAGAGGUUAAAAGCAAUGGAAACUCUAAAACAAUCACUCCAAAAGUGGUCGCAGCCGCUUGCGGGAGGUGGUCGUUUACAAGAGUCUAAGGUCCCAAAUAUAGGGCUAUAACUGGAAACACCUUGGUGUUUUGGAUAGGUGGUCGCUUAUGGGAGGUGGUCGCAUUUGAGAUUGGGUUGUAUAAUAAAAUUAAAUCCGUUUUUUCUCAAGUGGCGUGUCCUUUUAUUUUACAGCGAUCCAGUGCUGGGCCAAUUAACCCGGCAGAUUCGUUUAGGUACAAGGUACGUCUACAGUUCACUCCUCUUUGUAUAUCCACCUGUGGAGAAAAUGCAAGUCUAUAACCUGUCUGCCCCAGAGUGGUGCUGCAUGUGUUACCAAGUUUGUCGUGAAACUGUUGAUUGCCGUGCAGCUAGUGAUGCUGAGUCUUGACUGCUCAUGCUUUCUGUUCCCUCUCCCCUCCCCCGUAGGUAGAAGAACGUACGCAAUGUAUGAAGUCGGGAAAAGUCCGCUAUGUUCACAGAGAAGACACGCUAUUGGCGCUGUCAAUACCAAUGGACGCUGUGCAAAAUAAAGGUGAACGUUUCAUUUGAUAAAAACUUGGCUACCAGAUAACCUGUGAGUCCAAUUUAACUAUCUAUUGUUUUGUUCAGCAGUCGUUGUUUCAUUGACCUGUUUCUUUUUUGUUUGUUUGUUUUUUUUCUUUCAGAUGAAGUCGCAGCGUAUGAGUUGAAGCAGAAAGAAGCAGAGGCAAAAAAAGAACGAUUGUGAGUUAGCUUCGCAUUCUCUCAAAAAAAUAAGUUCCUCCUUUGUAGAUUCCUGAUAGUUUGUUACCAACAACCUCAGUACGUGAUCGCUAUCGGUAAUAUUAUGUUAGAUGGACGAAUGACAGAAACUUUAACAGAAAAAUGCAUUUGUAAAUAGGGGAGAAAUUCCGUUGUCUGUUUCAAAGCGAAGCUAAAUGCAAAGUUAUUGAUAUGAAAAUAUUUUUCUUUUGUGACUCGUGCAAUUAAGACUUAUUUGCACAAGAAAGGUUUUGCACUUGGCCUCGAUUUGAAAGCGAGAAUUUUUUGGAACUCGGAAAUAGCUUAUUAUGGCAGGAAGAUUUAGUGGAUUUGUUACUCUUACUUUUAAAUCUCUGGUCGAAAUCCUUUGGUGUUAACAUUCAAAUGAAACCCAGUAGGCAGAACUUUUACAUUGUACCAUUUAUUACUUUCAUUUUUACAGAAAGAAAUUUAAAAUUUUCCUCUUAUUUUUGUUUUUAUCAGCCACUAUUACGACAAUUGCAAGAGUCAAAUUGUUACUUUUUCGUUUACAGAGAUCCCAGUGAAAUGGUGCGGCCCAGAAUAGCCAUGUCAGCGUGUGUCGAGGCGUUUGCUGCCCCCGAAAUUAUCGAUGAUUUUUACAGCACAGCUAUACAAGCGAAAAGUGUGGCGCAAAAGUGAGUGUAUGUCCGUCAACAUGAAGUUUAAUCUUUUUAAAUCACUUUCGUUUGUAGUAAGUCACUUAUAGGUGACGUAACUGAAGAGCAGUUGGCUGUUGCAAGCAAAUAAUGUAAGUGAAGCUCUUAGCUUCGAAAGGAAUCGGUGGGGGAGUGAAAUGCAAAGAUUCGUAACUGAGUUACUGCCGUUAAAAAGCUGAAAUUUCGAGGGCUCUGCUUUCGUCAGUGCGAAUAAUGGAAUUGUUGUGUUAUGGAGCUAAAGAAUGUUGGGUGUUACGAUUUGUCAGGAUUAUUUGGAAUUCCCUAAUCCAGAAACUAUAAGGGAAUGGGUACAAACUUUCGGCGCAACGAUUUCUGGAAUCGUUUGGGUGGACAAACAUUAGUUAUGAUUGGUCGAUGGUAUUCAAGGCAACAAUUAGCCAAUCAUUACAAACGCUUUUCCACCCAAACGAUUUCCCAAAAAUCGCUGCGCCGAAAUCUCCUACCCAUUCCCUCAUAGUUUUUGGAGUGGAGAAUUAGGAUCGGUACUUACCCGCCAGUUUCUCAUAUUACUCGUCAAUGUCGCCCAUGGUUUUAAAUGUUAAGUAGCUAUUCAUGGUCUGUGUUGACUGACUCUCAUUGUUCUUCUCUUUGUUAUUUUAGAUCAACGAGAUUUACCACGUUUCCUGAUUAUCUGAUGGUACAGAUGAAAAAAUUUACGCUUGGCGACGACUGGGUGCCAAAAAAAUUAGGUGCAUAACAGAUCUGUUAUGUCUUAUUUGGCAGCCAUUUAACACGUUUACUCCUUUGUAUCAAACCUUGUGUUGUUCUUCUAUAGUGGGAUCCAAUACGUAAACCUAUCACACUUAGGAGCGACCAUCGCCUGCACAGCAACGCGAAAAUUGCGCCGAAAAUAGCGGAUACUUUCAUCGUAACACUGUAUCUGUUCUUGUCGAAUUGCACCACGAGACCCUUUUAAAGACGCUAUCGCUUCAUGUAUUGGCUAUAGGGUAGACUGCAAAAUAGUCCGCAUUUUUGCGUAUUCAAGUACGCCCGAGUAGUCAAACAAAAGGUCUGGAGCGAGGUUGAAAACAUAGAGAGAGACUGGGGAGAGACCCUACGAGCGUGUGAGGCUCGCGCGCUUCGUGUGGGUAAGGCUCUUACCCUACUCUUACGCUACACUUAACCGAUUUUGUGAAAAAAAAUCGACUGUUUUGCAGUCUAGCUGUUACGAAGUUGUACUAGAAAGUGGAUAAAAACUUCGGCCCCCCUAAAACAGUCCCAUGAUUCAAAACGACACAACACCAACCCAGUCUCUUACUCAACAUCCUAAUGACCAUUGUGCUUGUGUACAUUUGUGUGUUUUUAAUUAGUAGUAUUAUUUUUGUUUUUCAGACGUUUCAAUAGACAUUUUAGAUGAGCUUGACUUGACUCACUUAAGAGCCACUGGUCUGCAGCCAAACGAACAAGAAUUACCUGAAGGUGAACAAGCUGCUCCCGCGGCAGGUAAACUGUCUGUUUUCAUAGUCUUAUUACCAGAAGGUGUUUUUUUCCAGGAGCUGGAUUCCCGAGUCAUUGUCAAUGAAACUUGGAUUAAUGGAUUCCGGAUUCCAAUCGUUUGUAGGAUUCCGGAAUCCUUUAGCUGAAUUCCGGAUUUGAAAGCCCUGGAUUCCAGAUUUUCUCGGAUACCGGAAUGCGGAUUCUCCUAAAUGGGGCGGUCCGUUGAUUGAAUAAAAUCUACGGAAUCUAGUUUUACAUUUUACAGAGGUUCUGCUCGUUUUUUACUGCAUUCUACAAACAUUUUUAUCAAUUUGAACCUGAUUUGUUUAUCAGCCGAGGUGCAAAUAGAUGAAAGCGUCGUGAUGCAGCUUGUGUCUAUGGGUUUUGACAAGGAAGGCUGCCGGAAGGCUGUUUAUCACACCAAUAACCAAGGUAUGAUUAUCUUAGUUGCACUGUUUAGAUGGUAAAUAAUUAUCACCUAUUCAAGCAGCUAAACAUAGUUUCAUCGCACUGCUCUUCUGUCGCAUGGAUAAAACCAGGAAAAUCCGCACUUUUAUGUGUGAUGACAAAUAAAAUAUUCCUUCCGUGUUUGGUGUAUUAGGCUUGAAAGCGGUUCAGGGGCGGUUACUUUCUUAAAAAAAGAUUCAAGACGUUCACAAUUGAAAACCUUUUUUUUUGCUUCUACUUUCUGACCUACUAAUUACCACGCUAAGACUCUAUAUUGUCUUAAUUUCCCGCACCCAAAAAGCUGACAACCAGAAUGCGGUGCGGGAUAAGCAAACAAUUCUUAGCCCAUUUAUUGAACUAAAUAACUAAUCGCAAAACAAAAACAAUUGUUUACACUGCUUAGACAACAAAAAGCUGUGUACGUCUGAUCCGGCCGAAGUAAAUGAGGAAACAAAGCCACUUAAACAAACUGUUUUAAGUCACACGAACAAUCAUCAGGAAAAUAUAACUGAAAUCGUUACGAAGAAAUGGAUUUCAAGAUUACUGUCAAAGUAAAGAAUAGAACAAAAUUUAACUGCCCGCUUGAACUUGUCAAUUUUGUUUACUGUUCAUAUAUAACUACUACUUUAAAUAUCACAGAUUCUUGCAUAUUUCGUAUCCAUAAGAAUUGUUUCAAGAAACCCUUAUCUUUUUUUUUCAUUGCCCUUUUCUCAUUCAGACAAAGAUAAAUAAACAAACUAUAUUGUAAUAAUUUGGAGGUUUCAUGUUCUCAUAAUUGUCGUAUCUCAUCAUAGAAAGUGACCCUAGCCCUUUUGGAACUUUUUACAUUACUUGAGGUUAGAUCUAAUCCUUGUUCUUUCUAAGGCUUUUUUAAUUUUAUAACUUUUGCUUUAUUGUAACUAUGAGCAUUUAUUGGAACUACUGUACUAAAACUUUGGUUCGCAAAAGUGGCAGCGACCGUUUGCGGUAGGUAAAUACGCUCACCCACAAACUUCCGUACUAAGCAUCCCAUUUUUAAGGGUAGGGUGUGCAAAGAGUAAUGGAUGUCUCAGAACUCUAGAAUGACAAAUCGAGGUUACGAGUAAACGGUUCAAUGACGUGUUUGUAUUCCAUCUAGGUAUUGAGCCAGCUAUGAACUGGGUUCUGGAACAUAUGGGAGAUCCAGGUAUGACGUCACAGAGACAGUCACAGAAACUUUAUUGACUGAGAUGUAGAGCGUAAUCAGCCCAGGUUAAUUGUGUGUAAAUGGAAGACACUACAAGUUAAAGAAUACAAAACAUACGAACCAUUCAGGCCGGAAAAAUUCUGCAAUUUGCCACGUAAAUACAACACUAGCGUAGCCUAACAUAUAAAUUACGUGUACGUCGAAAUGGCGCAAAUUAUCUUCUUUAUGGUACUCAAAGUGACUUCCUCUGGGUGCUAGUGGCUCUUAGCACCAAAGUAGAAAGAUGAAAGUACAAAAUAAAGUUAUUUUCUUACUGGUACAAACCGUUCAUGGCUUUAUUCAGGGGCACCCAACGACUGUUUUCUGUGAAAUAUCUGUUAAGAGACGCAAAUGUUGCCUGGAAUUUUCUAUCACGUGAUGACGGCUAAAACUUUCUAGACGACCGUUCCACUCAUGUACAAUUUUCGAAGCUUAUCUAAUGAAUUCCCUGGGAUUUUCGGCAGUUUAAUGUUCACAUUUCACUUUCCCAAGUUAGGCUAUUUUUCGUAGAGAAAAGGAAACCUAAAAUUUUCGGACUCGACAAUUGAAUGGAGAGAGAAACCAGAAAAUGUCACACUUUCGUAAUACGUCAAAUUGCAUCUAAAAUUCUCAGGAAAACAAUUCUCAAGCCCUUGCAAUUUCGAAAAGAGUAACGUUCUCCAAGGAUGACCGAACAGAUACAAAUUUCAUAGCGCCCGCGUAGAAUACUCUGAAUAGCCUAAAAAGUGUUAUCAAUGUAUUUAAGAGGAAACCGUCGCUGGGAACCCCUGUUUAUUUCCUGAUAAUGCUUCAAUCCAUAACUUAGAUUUCAGUGCACCUCUGAGCCUUCCAGCCAGCGGUUCUACAGGACCAACGAGUGUUGACGAGGAGGCUGUGGGUUUCAUCACCGCGAUGGGAUUCACUCGGAAUCAAGCCAUUAAAGCUUUAAAAGCCACUGUAAGUAUCAAAAGGUUCUCUUCACGGAUUGGUUAGGAAAAUUUGAGAUCUGGCCAAUCCAAAACAAGAACUUUGAAUGAUUCUGUGACAAGUCCAGCAAGAAUAUUGUCAUAGUGCCCAGUGCCCUUUCGCUUGUCUAGUAAAUGCCUGCAACGAUUUCGUCCUUAAAUGUCUUGUGCGCCGCCUGAGUCUCAGAAGCGUCAGAAUGAAAAAGAAGGUAUGCUGACUGGUUUAAGUGGUUAAUGUGAGACUGCUUAUUACAAUGGAUAGUAGGAGAAUUUUGAUUGUUAUGCUGCACCUCUAAGGCACACGCGGGAAAUACUAAGAUAAGGGCGUAUAAGCGUAUGCGAAAAAGUGCCGCAUAAGCGGGUUUUCGUCGGUGAGGGGAAUAGGGGGGGGGGGGACGAAAGUAUAUGUCCUGUCGGGGCAAGAACGCAUAAGACAGCGAUCUCAUGAUAGCAAAGCAUUAAAAUACUGCGCUCAAUACCCAGGGGUCAUGCAAGGGUCCCAGGAGGGAAAACGUGCUAAUUUAUGGGGCCCGUGCGCCCACUUCGGAGCAAACAUGCCAAUGAAAAUAGGACACAACAACAACAAGUCAUAGUCUCUUGAACAAGUUUAUUCAGUAUUACCAUUUUGUACGGGUGUUACCGAUUAAAGUAACAAUAAACAGCUAAAUUUAAGGAAAUGAAGAUAUAAUGGAAUGGUAGAAUUAGUUAUGUUUCUUUCGUCUUUCAAAUGCUUGAAAGACGAAAUUAGCAGUUAGCCAUGAAAAAAUGUCUUUCAACUGUGUACGCAGUUAUGUGCCAAAGUGGCUUGUUAUGGUGUGACGCUUACAUUGCCUUUAUUUUGGGUUCAUUUUCGGAAUUGCUGCUGAUAAUCAAGUCUACGUGGAAGUUGGUUAUCGUGAGUCCUAGUUUUUUAAGAUGAAUACUAAGAUUCUCCGUUUUCUUAUCUUUAUCCCUUACUGCAGAACAAUAACUUGGAGCGAGCAGCGGAUUGGAUAUUUAGUCAUGCGCACGAGCUCGAUACAUUAGAAGACGAAAGCCAAGGCAACCAGGACUCUGGGCCCCAGUACAAAGAUGGAACUGGAAGUAUGUAAAUAGAACGUGUCGUUGAAAAUUAAGAAUCAUAUAUAAGACAACGAGCUAAGAUGCUCUUUAAACCUGUAAAACAAAUACUUUGCUUAACUUUUAUCCCAUACAAGCGUUAAUCGUGUUAACCCCAACUUUUCCUUACUCUCAUUUUCAGAGUACCGUCUUGUUGCCUUUAUCAGUCAUAUGGGUACUUCUACAAUGUGCGGGCACUAUGUAUGUCACGUGCUGAAGGAAGGAAGGUACUUGAACUAUCUUAAAAUUGCUAAAUUAAUAGGAUAAAACUUAUCUCUUUAAAGGAGCUGUAUCGGAAAAUUUAGCCAAAUUCAAAAGGCGAAAACUGCCCGGUGAGCGAAACGUAAAAAUUACCGCGGGAAACAUUGAAAGAAAAGUACAGAAGGAGGCAGGAUCCGCCAAAAUUGAUAAAAACUAAAACAGAUAGUUAUCAGGGUUAUUGACGACUAUUCAGCCUGACAAGUUUUCAAAGUUCAUCUCUCUUGUUUGAAAGGUUAAGUAUAAUGAGUGAGAGACACAUUUGUUUGGUGCGAAGCUCUGCCAUUUGCUUUGGUGAAAGUUACAACUUGUUGUAUUAUUCCAGAACUUUAUUUAUUUAUUUAUUUAUUAUGUAUUUAUUUUCCUUUUGUUUGUUUGGUUUUGUGUGUUCUUAGAUGGGUUAUUUUCAAUGAUCGUAAAGUUGCCCAAUCAGAAGCGCCCCCAAAGGACCUUGGUUAUUUGUAUCUUUAUAAGCGAAUUGACAGUUAA